CCUUAGUUUGCAAGACAUUUUUCAUAAUUUUAUACUUUUAAAAAAUAUAUAUAUAGUGAUAUAUAUUUUCUUCAUUCUCUUAUCUACCAUUUAGAGAAAACACAAAGAAACCUUCUUCUUUUUUUUUCAUUUUUCUCUCACUCAAAAAGAAGUAAUUUGAGCCUUGGGGUUAUUUUUAUCAUUUUUCUCUUAUUUUAUCCUAUGAACAUUGUGAGAUUUUUCUUUAAAAUGUUAUAAGUGUCAUAUCUUCUUCAUUGUCCUCUCUAUAUCUCUCUCUUAACACCCAAAAAGAGAAAACUUGAAAGAGUGCCUUAUUCAUUAUCCUCUCUCUCUCUCUCUCUCUCUCUCUCUCUCUCUCUCUCUCUCUCUCUCUCUCUCUCUCUCUCUCUCUCUCUCUCUCUCUCUCUCUCUCUCUCUCUCCUACAUUCCAAAAAAGAUAAACUCUCACAUGGAUAUAUGAAGAUCUUCCUUUUCUCAAAUCUCUCUACCAUUUAAAACAACCAAAAAGAAAAAGAAAAAAAAAAACCAUCUCCUUCAUCUCUCUCUCCAAAAAGAAGCCAUCUUUGAGGGAAAUCUCAAAUGGGUAUGAAGAAUUUCUCCAUUUCUCUCAUUUUCUUUGCAAUCCCAUUAAUCUUUUUCCACAAAAAUGGAGUUUCAUUAGCAUCAGCAGACCAAACCCUAAUCCAAAAAACAUGCACAAACACUCUUUACUACAAACUUUGCAUGUCAUCCCUUAAAUCCGACCCUUCCAGCCUCACUGCCGACACCAAAGGCCUCGCCAUCAUCAUGGCUUCUAUCGGUGCCGCUAACGCCACCGCCACCUCCACCUACCUCUCAUCUCAGCUCCCUACAUCCUCCUCCGCUGCCACCAACGCCAACAACAACAAAACAAAACUGUUGAGACAAUGCUCCGAAAAGUACGCAUUUGCAGCUGAAGCACUUAGAGAAUCUUUGAAAGAUUUGGCCGAUGAGACUUAUGACUAUGCUUAUAUGCAUGUUUCUGCGGCGGCGGAUUAUGCCAAUGUUUGCCGUGAUGCCUUUAAAGGGUUCCCAGCGGUGAGUUAUCCGGCGAAGCUUGGCCGGAGAGAAGAAGGGUUGAAGCGUAUUUGCAGAGUGGUUUUGGGGAUUUUGGAUCUUCUUGGCUGGUGAUUUUCAUCAAUCAUUAUGUUCUCUCUCUAAUCAUAUUUUUGUUUUUCUUUUUUUUACUUUAACUUUUUGCUUUUACUUUUUUUUGGGGUAAUAAACUUGUUUGUCUUUUUAGGUGAAACGUUGAUGAUGUGUUUUUCUUUAAGGGAUUUAGUUUAAUGACUCUUUUAUUUGUUAAAAGUUAAUUUAUUUCUUCUAUAUUAUAUUGAGA